AGAAGGUGGUGCCUUUUUAUUGCAGUUUAAACGUUUGUCUCUCAUUCUCUCUGGACAAGCUUGUCCUUUCCUUUGCGCACCCUUCGGUCUCUGCAUCGUCCACACUCCUCUUUGCUCCCCAGCUCUCCCUUUCUUUCGCUACCUCUUCCUUCUUCCACUUCUCUCUGUGGGCUUCGUCGCCUUUCAGGGCUAUCUUUACGCACACGUCUCUGAACCUCUUUAUGCAUUUGUCUUCUUUCUCUCUGUCUUCCUCUUUAUGGCUCUCUCCUUGUCUCACCAUUUCUGUACCAGUCUCUCUCCAUCUCUCCCACAGUCCCCACGCUGGGAACAAAGUCACGGUGCUAGCGCAGAACAUGCCUCCUAUCGUCCGGUCCCGGGACGCGACACAUUCCACCAUGCCCCUCCGCGCAUUCCAACUGCAGACAAAGAGUCCCCGUCCCCUACCCCCACACUCUUUCCUGUUCCAAUUCUUGAGUGUUGUAGGGGCAGCUGCCCCAACUGCCCCUGCCCGCCUCUCACGUCCAGUCCGCGGGCCUCCAUAUCUAGGGCAGUUAGCGCCAGUUCUCCUGCACGCACACCAGCUAUCCCUGCGCGGACACCCCCGGCGCUCUCGCACACACCGCGCUCCGCCCUCCUAGGAAAGUAGAUCCGGCCAGGCAGACAAAAGUUUGGGAGAGAAGUUCGGUCUGUGGCUAGCGUGAGAGCUAGGGGGGCGGGGGCCGGGGAGACUGGGGCAGUCGGGCGAGUCGACGCGUGAACAGAUAGACCUGCGGACGGGACAGCCGCGGCCAGAGGCCCUGCUAGCCCCACUCAGCCCCAGAUGCGCGGGGGGACGCAGCCCCUCCCGCUGGGGGAUGCUGUGGGAUUCCUGGCGCCGGGCAUCCAGGCCGCCCGCUAAGCCCCUGUGCCUCCCCUGUGCCCCUGGGGAACUAGAGUCCGGCUGCAGGGAAAGAGAACCGGCCGCCGAGACGCCGCAGGGUGCCAGGCGGGGAGGGGGCGAGAGGCCCCAGGCCCGAGGGCAUGGAGCGGUUAGGAGAGAAAGCCAGUCGCCUGCUGGAGAAGUUCGGCCGCAGAAAGGGUGAAUCUAGCCGGUCUGGGUCUGACGGGACCCCCGGGCCGGGCAAGGGGCGCCUAAGUGGGUUGGGGGGACCUAGGAAGUCAGGGCCCCGAGGAGCUACUGGGGGACCUGGGGAUGAGCCGUUGGAGCCGGCCCGGGAGCAAGGUUCCCUGGACGCUGAGCGGAAUCAGCGCGGCUCCUUUGAGGCGCCGCGCUACGAAGGCUCCUUUCCCGGGGGUCCGCCGCCCACCCGGGCCUUGCCUCUACCUCAGUCGUUGCCCCCCGAUUUUCGGCUGGAGCCCACGGCCCCGGCCCUCAGCCCCCGCUCUAGCUUCGCCAGUAGCUCGGCCAGCGACGCGAGCAAGCCGUCCAGCCCUCGGGGCAGCCUGCUGCUGGACGGGGCGGGGGCUGGCGGAGCUGGAGGUAGCCGGCCCUGCAGCAAUCGCACCAGCGGCAUCAGCAUGGGCUACGACCAGCGCCACGGGAGCCCCUUGCCAGCGGGGCCGUGCCUGUUUGGCCCACCCCUGGCCGGAGCACCGGCAGGCUAUUCUCCCGGAGGGGUCCCGUCCGCCUACCCGGAGCUCCACGCCGCCCUGGACCGAUUGUACGCUCAGCGGCCCGCGGGGUUCGGCUGCCAGGAAAGCCGCCACUCGUAUCCCCCGGCCCUGGGCAGCCCUGGAGCUCUAGCCGGGGCCGGAGUGGGAGCGGCGGGGCCCUUGGAGAGACGGGGGGCGCAACCUGGACGACACUCUGUGACCGGCUACGGGGACUGCGCCGUGGGCGCCCGGUACCAGGACGAGCUAACAGCUUUGCUUCGCCUGACGGUGGGCACCGGUGGGCGAGAAGCCGGAGCCCGCGGAGAACCCUCGGGGAUUGAGCCGUCGGGUCUGGAGGAACCACCAGGUCCUUUCGUUCCGGAGGCCGCCCGGGCCCGGAUGCGGGAGCCAGAGGCCAGGGAGGACUACUUCGGCACCUGUAUCAAGUGCAACAAAGGCAUCUAUGGGCAGAGCAAUGCCUGCCAGGCCUUGGACAGCCUCUACCACACCCAGUGCUUUGUUUGCUGCUCUUGUGGGCGAACUUUGCGUUGCAAGGCUUUCUACAGUGUCAAUGGCUCUGUGUACUGUGAGGAAGAUUAUCUGUUUUCAGGGUUUCAGGAGGCAGCUGAGAAAUGCUGUGUCUGUGGUCACUUGAUUUUGGAGAAGAUCCUACAAGCAAUGGGGAAGUCCUAUCACCCAGGCUGUUUCCGAUGCAUUGUUUGCAACAAGUGCCUGGAUGGCAUCCCCUUCACAGUGGACUUCUCCAACCAAGUAUACUGUGUCACCGACUACCACAAAAAUUAUGCUCCUAAGUGUGCAGCCUGUGGCCAACCCAUCCUCCCCUCUGAGGGCUGUGAGGACAUCGUGAGGGUGAUAUCCAUGGACCGGGAUUAUCACUUUGAGUGCUACCACUGUGAGUUAUUAGGAGUCAGGUGUGGAGCAGGGCAGACUCCUAAGAUACCCUCAGUGUCCAAGGUGCCUAGGCUGAGGUGAACUAGGUGCCUUCUUCCCUAGGACUGCCGGAUGCAGCUGAGUGAUGAGGAAGGCUGCUGCUGUUUCCCUCUGGAUGGGCACUUGCUCUGCCAUGGUUGCCACAUGCAGCGGCUCAAUGCCCGACAACCCCCUGCCAACUAUAUCUGAGCUGCAAUCACUGCUGCUGUUGUCACCCCACAGACAAACUGCUGUGGCCAGUGGGCCCCUCUGAGGCCAGCCAAGGCAAAGAAUGCACUCUGCAGGCCUGGCAGAAGAGUCCUCUGGGAAGGACCCCAAGGGCCGGAGACCCAAAGAUCGUGAUAUUCCAAAUGGAUUGUGGAAGAGAAACCUUAUAUUUACCAGGGUGGGGGUGACUGGCCUUUUUCCCAUGUGUGCAGCCUGAGCUUAGGCACGCACAGGAGGGUUCCAGUACUUUCUGAACAUCUGAUUCUGUAUCUUCAGUAUAUAUAUUUUGUUUGUUUUAGAGAUGGGAUCUCACCAUGUUGCCCAGGCUAGUCUUGAACUCCUGGGCUCGAAUGAUCCUCCCACCUUGGCCUCCCAAAGUGCUGGGAUUACAGACGUAAGCCACUGUGUCUGGCCUAGUAUAUGAUUGUGCAUGAGUCACGCAAUGUUCUGGUCCUGGAUUCCAAGAGUAGAGGACCUAGCUUUAAAUCAAUUAGUUUCAGCUAAACUGACUAGAACCAAAUCAAAGUGUAAUUCUCCCUCCAGCUCCCCCAAACCCCAGAGUUUUGGAGUUGUGGUUGAUGCAGUGUGGGAUGUCCCUGAGAGGUAGCAAGUCUAGGGUGGUGAGUUCCUGCUAGGCAACCAAAUUUAAGCUCCUCACUUUUUUGUGACACAUGGUAUCAGAUAUGGGGUCCCGCACCUAUAUCUGGAUGAAGAGGUAGAAACUCUGGACCUCAUUAAUGAGUUAUUUCUUGGCCUUCUUCUAAGGACUAGGAGAGCUCCUCAUCUGUCUGCUGAGAAUGGGGACCAGCUCUGAGUGGGGUUGCUGCCUAUAUUCCCUGUUUCUCAGGGACUCACAUGGGUCUGGGGAGGCUAGAUAGGUGAUUGUACGUGGUUGCUCUUCUCCUUGGCUGGGGGAGGUAAUAAGCAGGUCUCUGUGGAUGUGGAGCUUGUUGAGGGGAUGUCUAGGAAGCUUCAGCUUAGCCACAUUCCCAAGUUUAGGUGCACUGAGCCAUACAGCCCAGUGUAUGCAUGUGUGGGUGUGUUCAUGCACACACACACUCUCUCUGUGUCUCUGUGUCUCUCUCUCUCUCUCUCACUCUUUCUUACUCUCUUCUCAGGUCACUUGUACACUUGGUUUCCUAGCAGAAGCUCACUUGUCACAUCUCAGAGGGGUCCUGGAUUGCAUCCAUCACAAUCCCAAAACUAGAGUUGGGGGGAACUGGAGGGAGCAAAACACUGAUUUGGUACUAGUCAGUUUGCCUGAAACUAGUUCACCUAAAGCUAGAUCUCUUAAAACCAAUUUACUGAAAACUUGUUUGCUUAAAGUUAAUGACUUAAUGACUAAUUUGCCAAAAGCUCAAUUCCUAUUUCAGUGUGUUUAUAUCCAUUUAGGUGUCCUAUUCUUUUUUGUCAUGCUUUGGAUAUUUCAAGGAUUUAUAUCUAUUCAUCCAAGAGUACUUCUGAGUUAUUAUCAGCAACAUAAAUUUAUCAAAUUUGCAGCACUUAGUAAAUGAUGAGAUUGCUUCCUACCUUUAUGGAUGUCUUUUUCUAUGUUAUCUACCAUUCAAAAACUUUUUUAAAAAGUUUAAAGUUUCUAGCAAUAAAUACAAUUGGUACAGACAUUUUGUAUAUCAUUUUUUUGUUUCUUAAUCCAAUAUUCCUUUACAAAUUAAAUGCCUUGAAAAAUAUAAUGGAGUUCAAUGUGAUUUUGAUGCUUUGGUCUAACUUCUACAUUCCUACUGUUAAAAGGCCAGUGUAUCUUAAAUGAAUAGGCAUGAGGCAUAUUCAGUUGACUUACACUGAAAAGUUAUACAGACAACAGGAAUAACUAAAAGGGUGAAUCUGCUAAAUCCUUUUGAAAUGCUGCAGAUUUGAUAAAUAUUUAUUUUAGACUAAUUGGUUUUAGGCGAAUUGGUUUUAGGCAAAUUAAUCUAGUAAUCUUUGAUCUUUAGUCUUCAUUUUCUGUCACUCAGUGAGUUUCUUACUGGAAAUGAUGACUCCUGACAACAGAAUUUCCACAUUUGGGGGCUAUUCUAAGAUGACUAUGCCAGCCAACCUGGGAAAUACAUAAAAGAGAUCUCUGAGUGAGAGGGAAAGAGUUCAGAUUUAUACAACUGAGUGCCAGAGGGGAAAAUGCACCUUGUUGGAGUGAGAAAUGUUCUGAAACUGAAUUACUUCUUGUACAGCUGAGAUAGCUUCUUCUGAACUAUUAUUAAAUAAGUGAAUACAAAGGCCCUA